GUGAAUGCAUUACACAUAUUUUGACGUUUGGCUGCUGGAUUUCACUAUCAACUGUCCGUUAUCAAAAUGUCCCAUCACUACGCUCUGGCUGUGGUCGUCCUGGCUUUCACUGGAGGCUGCUGCAUGUGUGCAACUGAUGUCGGAGAGUUUGCUCCAUGCCUGCAGUCUUUCUAUAAGUCUUGGCCUCUUAAAGGUCUGGCGGGGACCCCGAUCUGCCAACGGUUUAUCAACCAGUAUCGCUUUGCUACACUGUACAGUCGACCACGCCGCUCUCCGUGGUUCUCAGCCUAUUUGUACUCUACACCAGGAGGAAAGAGACCCACCUCGAAUUGGAAGUUUGAGCCACAGCUCGCCUACCCAGGAGCUCAUGGCAACAUGAUCCCCUUCCCUCCGGGCCCAGUGGACCAGAACGUGGUGGACAGCCAGGCGGUGGAGCUGGACUACAUUAACUCCACCUAUUCUCGUGGCCACUUGAACCCCAGCCUCCACCACAAGAGCCAUGAGGACCGCUCCUCCACCUUCACCCUCACUAAUGUGGUUCCUCAGGAGAUAGGCUCUAAUGAUGGGCCAUGGGAACACUUGGAGCAGACAGUCAACAAAACCUUGGGCGCCUACUGUCUCGGAGAGGCUUACGUAGUGACUGGCAUAAUCCCUUACCAGAGCGACGAGCACUGGCUCAAGAAUCACCGUGUGGCUGUGCCCGAGUAUAUGUGGUCCGCCUACUGCUGUCCAAACUACAACAAUAGUCUUCCAGAAGAACUGAAGGAUGCUUUCCCCACCUAUGCUGCUAUCGGCCGCAACGACCGCAACAGCACCGAGGAGAUUGUGCCUGUCAGCGAGACAGCUAAGAAACAGUUCAGAGGAUAUGAUGUGAGACAAAUGCCACUGGAAACACUUGAGAUGUAUCUGAAGGACAGGUUCAGUACUGUUGUCAGUGUUUUCUAUGAGCAGUGCUCUCAAUCGAACUGACUCUGCCUACACAAAGAAUUAUGUAAUCUGCCACCACUAAAGUUAAGUUCUGGUGAGAUUUUGGUUAAGAUCGGGAAAGUUGGUCACGUUACACUGACUUUAAAGGACUUUAAAGGACUGUAAUAUGUUACAAUAUAGACAUUUAGGCAGAAAGGCAGCACCCCAGUGGGAAAGGAAAGCAAAAGAAUCACAUCCUUUCUUCAUAAUUCUGGGGGAUUUUAUUGACUGUUAAUAAAAAGACAAAACUGCUGAUGCAUUGUUGCAUCAUGACUGCAGGACAUGAAGGAUUCAUUAAUCAAGACAUAAAGGAAUUCUUCCUUUUUUUACACUUGUGUUUGUUUUGUGGAAACAAACUCGAUGUAAACCUUCAAUGAUAGCCUUUAUGCUACUUCAACCUCCUAUAGGUCCGGUAACUAUAGAUGGUUUUAAAGGAAUAGUUUUACAUUUAAAUAAAUACCCUUAUAAGGAAGAUUGAUA